AUGGCUACAGAAUCUCAGCAAUGGGCAGCAGAACAUUCACAGAAAAGGGGCAUUUUUGAGUUAUCAGUAGGUUCUCCCAAUAUGUCUGCACAAAUGGAAAAAAUGGAUAAGAAAAUUGAUGCAAAGUUUGAUAUGCUUCUACAACAUCUAGCAAGUUCUACACAGCAGCCACCUACAUCAACAGUUUGCACUAUAUGCAGUAUGGCUACACAUGACAUAAUGGGCUGCCCACAUAGAGACUCUUACCCAGAGCUUGUUGAACAACAUGUCAAUAUGAUGAACAGCUAUCAAAGGCCUAGGAAUGAUGCAUAUGCAACUCAUUACAAUCCUGGAUGGAGGGAUCACCCUAAUUUCAAAUGGGGUGACAAUCAGACUAAUGCCAAACCAUUCCAGCAUGCACAAAAACCUUUUGUUCCCCCCAAACCAUCUCUGGAAGAUCAACUUGCUAAACUGGCAGCAACAACUCAAUCAUUCAUCGAGGGCAACAAUCAAAGAUUUCAAAAUGUUGAAGCAUCAAUUAAAAGUUUGGAGCAACAAUUUGGACAGCUAGCUACACAGAUUUCAAAUAGAGAAAAGGGCAAAUUUCCUAGUCAAACAAUUCCUAAUCCAAAUGGACGUGAAGAUUGCAACGUUGUUCGGACUUUACGAUGUGGAAAAAGCUAUGACAAUCGUGAAAAUAGCAUUGAAAAGGAGCAGCAAACAGUGGAGGAUAAUACAGAAAAUUUUGCAGCAGCAGAAUCUGCCAAACCUGCAGAAAAACAUAAUUUGGCAGAUCUAGAAACUGUUCCAAAACAAGUUCCUGAGCGUGUUUAUGAGGCCCCUAUUCCAUAUCCAGAACGUUUGAAGCCAAAAGCAAAAGAUCAACAACUCAAGGACUUUAUGCAGACAUUAUCCAAGGUUCAAAUCAACAUUCCAUUACUGGAUGCAAUCAAGAAAAUUCCAUCAUAUGCCAAAUUUUUGAAGGAAGUUUGCAGCAGCAAAAAGAAGCUUUCAGAUUUGGACAAAGUUAUUUUGACAGAACAGUGCAGCGCAGUUUUGCUACACAAACUACCACCUAAGAAAAAAGAUCCAGGGAGUUUUAAUAUUUCUUGCACUAUUGGAAAUUCUAAUUUUAAAAGUGCUUUAAUUGAUUUGGGUGCAAGUAUUAAUUUGAUGCCUUUUUCUGUUUUCCAGCGAUUGGGGCAAGGAGAUUUAAAGCCUACAUCAAUUAUACUUCAACUAGCUGACCGUUCAAUCACUUAUCCAAGAGGUGUUAUUGAAGAUAUAAUUAUUAAGGUUGAUAAUCUUUAUCUACCGGCAGAUUUUGUGGUUUUAGACAUGGAUGAAGACCUUCAAACACCUAUUAUUUUGGGGAGGCCGUUUAUGGCAACAGCUAGGACCUUAAUUGAUGUGGAAGCUGGAACAUUGACUUUACGGGUUCAGGACCAAUCUGUGGUGUUUAAUUUGUUUGAGGCAGCAAAACGUCCUGCUGAGCACCAAGAUUGUAUGCGUAUUGACAUGGUAGAUAGGAUGGUGCAGGACGGAUUUUAUGCUAAUUCAAAAACAUAUCAGUUGCUGCAUGUUUUACAGGGGGAACUUGAGACAGAUUUUGAAGAUGAAGGUGUUCUUGAGUACAUUCACGCAUUGAACAAUCUGCCCACAGUGUUGCCAAAAUUUAGGAAUGUGUACGAGAGUUUAGGGGAGCCCAAACAGCCCCUUAAACCAUCUAGACAACAGCCGCCAAAAUUGGAGCUGAAGCCUUUACCAAAACAUCUUAAAUAUGCAUAUUUAGGAGCUGCAGAGACGUUGCCAGUUAUAAUUGCAGCAGAUUUAACACUGACAGAGGAAGAUAAAUUGCUUCGUGUGUUGAGAAAAUAUCAAGAUGCAUUGGGAUGGACAAUUGCGGACAUCAAGGGAAUCAGCCCAGCCCUAUGUAUGCACAGAAUAUUAAUGGAAGACGACGUGAAGCCAACAGUUGAUGCUCAACGCCGCCUUAACCCAAUUAUGAAAGAGGUGGUCAGAACAGAGGUUAUGAAAUUACUUGAUGCCGGUAUGAUUUAUCCUAUUUCUGACAGUAAAUGGGUUAGCCCGACUCAAGUUGUGCCUAAACGAACCGGUAUUACAGUGGUGAAAAAUGAUAAUAAUGAGUUAGUUCCUACACGAUUGACUACGGGCAUUGAGGUUGACAAAGCAAAGAUUGACGUUAUUGCAAAGCUGCCACCUCCUACAUCAGUAAAAGGUGUGAGGUCCUUCUUAGGACACGCAGGUUUUUAUCGUCGGUUCAUCAAGGAUUUCUCCAAGAUUAGUCGACCUUUGUGCACUUUAUUGGCUAAGGAUGCACCAUUUAAUUUUGAUAAGGCCUGUUUAGAAGCAUUCAACAAGUUGAAAGCACUCCUAACUUCGGCGCCCAUCAUUGCUGCACCAAAUUGGGAUUUACCAUUUGAACUAAUGUGUGAUGCGUCAGAUUAUGCUGUCGGGGCAGUUUUAGGGCAGCGAAAAGAUAAGCUUCCCCAUGUCAUCUAUUAUGCAAGUCGUACUCUCAAUGAUGCACAGCUUAACUAUGCAACUACAGAGAAGGAAUUGUUGGCAGUUGUGUUCGCACUAGAGAAAUUUCGGUCUUAUUUGGUUGGGGCUAAAAUAAUUGUCUAUACGGAUCAUGCUGCACUAAAAUACUUGUUGUCUAAGAAGGAUGCAAAGCCUAGAUUGAUUCGUUGGGUUCUUUUACUUCAAGAAUUUGACUUAGAGAUUCAAGACAAGAAGGGCAGUGAGAAUGUUGUGGCUGAUCAUUUAUCUAGAUUAAUUAUUCCAGCAGCUACAGAGGCAGAUUCUCUACCAUUGAGUGAAAGUUUCCCAGAUGAACAGCUAUUUGCUGUCAAAAUUGACACACCUUGGUUUGCAGAUAUUGUCAAUUAUUUGGCUAAGGGUGUGGUGCAUCCAGAUUUUUCCUACCAGCAGAAAAAGAAGUUUUUAUCUGAUGUAAAGCACUAUUUCUGGGAUGAACCGUACUUAUACAAGUAUUGUGCGGACCAGAUUAUUCGCAGGUGUAUUCCGGAGGCUGAACAGGAAAGUGUUUUAAAGUUUGCUCAUCACUACGCUUGUGGAGGACAUUUUGGGCAGAAAAGGACAGCAGAGAAAAUCCUACAGAGUGGGUUAUUUUGGCCAACACUUUUUAGAGAUUCACAGAAUUGGUGCAAGGCAUGUGAUAGGUGUCAAAGGGUCGGAAAUCAAUCCAGAAGGAAUGAGAUGCCCCAACAAAGUAUCUUAAUUGUUGAACUAUUUGAUGUUUGGGGUAUUGAUUUCAUGGGACCAUUCCCAUCUUCUAACGGGCACCAAUAUAUUUUAGUGGCUGUGGAAUAUGUUUCAAAGUGGGUCGAGGCCAUUGCCGCACAAACUAAUCAAGGAUCAGUGGUCCUGAAGUUCCUCCAGGGGGUUAUAUUUCCACGUUUUGGAAUUCCGCGUGUUAUUCUUAGUGAUGGGGGGAAGCAUUUUAUUAAUAAACCAUUUGCUAACCUACUGGCAAAAUAUGGGAUUAAUCAUCGCGUGGCUACACCAUACCACCCACAGACAUCUGGUCAAGUUGAAGUUUCAAACAGAGAAAUAAAACGUAUUUUGGAGAAAACAGUGAGCUCUACACGCAAGGAUUGGAGUUUCAAACUAAAUGAUGCUUUGUGGGCAUACAGGACAGCUUAUAAAACUCCUAUUGGGAUGUCACCAUUCCGACUUGUUUAUGGGAAAGCCUGUCAUCUACCUAUGGAGCUGGAGCAUAAAGCUUACUGGGCCAUUAAAGAGUUAAAUUUUGCAUAUGACUCAGCUGGGGAAAAGCGGAAAUUGCAGUUAAAUGAGCUAGAGGAAAUUCGUCAAGGUGCUUAUGAUAGUUCUCGCAUCUACAAGGAAAGAACUAAGGCAUUUCAUGACAGUCAAAUUUUACGGAAGGAAUUUCAGCCAGGGCAAAAGGUUCUGUUAUUUAGUUCAAGGCUCAAGUUGUUUCCAGGGAAAUUAAAAUCUCGCUGGACUGGACCCUACCUAGUGACUCAAGUUUUUCCUCAUGGAGCAGUUCAAAUCACUAAUGAAGAUAAAGGCAACACGUUCAAGGUGAAUGGUCAUAGGCUGAAACCCUACGUGGAGACACCCUUUGACAUUGCAGCCGAGUCUUUGACUCUGAAGGAACCAGUGAUUUGA